CAGUUGGAGUACGAUAGUCUCUGUGAUAGGAUGAAUUGUAUUCCGUGUUCCUCAGUCAAAUUACUCGCACUCCCCGUGUUGGUGUUUGUCCAGACUCUUCCAGCAUCGAUCCUCGACAGCACUCUUGUCAAGUGUCGCCCCUGUGUUGUCUCGUGUACUGUACAGAUUAAAGAUAGUGUGGUGUAUCGUAGUGCUGGUGUGUAAGUUGAACAAUUUGUUGAGUUACAAGUGAGUGUAUAACAGUGAGGUGGCAGUCGUCCGUGGUAGUGUCUCACCAUGGCUCAGUAAGGUGAGGACAUGGCCGCCACCAUCUCCGCUUCUCCAGCCCACCGUGACCCACUGCACCCCUACCACUGCUUCAGUCCUCGAGGUAAUCCAGCUGCCUGGAAGGACCCCUAGCCGUAACUGUUACGUUCCCCCCAUCACCACUGAUAUUGCGUGGAACAUAAAUGUUGUGUGGAGAUAACGCGUCUAGUGCACGUAGUAAGGUGAAACAUCAAUUAUUUUUUGGUAAUCAAGCCAUGGUGAUGAACACGUUUCGGUCUAAGUUGCGGCGGCGCCGCGACGAGUUCUUCCGGCGUGGCUCAGACGAGUCUGAUGAGUGGCAGUUUGUCCCCUUCAACCCAACUGUGUACCCAGCCAACAAUAACAACACUUUCCACAACCUUCCCAACUACAAUGGUGGGUCGUCCUCGUCUCCCGGGGGGUCUAAGACGCCCUCCACCCCCAAGCCCGCCAUGCGCCCCUGGGCCAUGCAGCGGGCUUCCUGGCACGAGGCUAACCCACCCAUUCCGCCUCACGGACAUGGUUCUGAGGUCAAGGGCUAUUUCCCUCUUCCUCCAUGUCCUGAGACGUCUCCGCCUCCGCUGCCUCCACACGGCCACGGCUACCCCGGCUCCGUGCCACCAUGGUAUGGCGCUCAGUUCCAUGCGUCACCCAUGCAUUAUCCAGCCUCGGUUCCUCCUGGUCAGUUAAGACCAUCACCCGUGGUUCUGCGUCGAGCUGCCCGUGGGUCAGGCCCCAGCAGUGAUGGCCCACCACCCAUUAGCGGUGGCCCCAGACCUCCCAGUGGAGGCUCCAGGCCUAAUAGCGGAGGCUCACGACCUUCCAGUGGAGGAUCAAGACCUCCCAGUGGACACUCAAGGUCACGUCCCUCUAGUGGAGGCUCCGAUAUUGUUGACGCUCCUGUGAUUAGCCCCGAAGGUUAUCCUCCGCAGAUACCCCCACAUGGGCGGCCAGCCAUACCGCCCCACAUCACCAGUACCAGGAACAACAUGCCCACCACCAAGACAGUGACGGGCUCCUUGCCUCCACCCCCGAACCUUCCCCUCCCACCGCCCCCCGUGCCUGCUCACUACUCUGACACUGCUCCCACCUCUGAUCACACACUUCCCAGCUUCCUCCCUGCCAAGCCAAACAGCCUUAAUCUGGAGCAUCUGACUCCCUUCUUGGCCUCGCUUUUCGACAAGGACUCGACGGAGACACAAGAGGACGUCUCUCCCGACUCCCCUGAGUACAAGAUUCCUGUGGAUCAGUCACCCGAGUACAAGUCUCCCUGUGACUGUUCCGAUUGUUACCCAGGAGAGAAGGGUAGCAGUAGUGUGGGCGGGUCCAGUGGGGUGAGCAACAAGGAGCAGCGGCGGUCAGACCCCGGCAGUGUGGUUGGUGUGGUCCUUGGCAACCACCACCCCAACAAUACCAACGCUGCUACAACCAACAAUACCUAUACUGCCUCCAACGCCUCCACCUCCACCCUCACCGGCGGAGACCUCCCCAACAACAGCUCCGACGCGCUAGAGGAGUACGGCUCUCCUGACUUCCCGACAACCAACUCUGCCUCCUCAGACGGCGCCAGCGCCGCCGUCUCCAAUACCUUCAGGUUCCUGCAGUCCGCCUGGUCCUCUCAGUCUGACUUGAUACCGACGACCAAACACAGUCUACAGCAGCACAAGAAGAAGUCAGGCACCCCAGUCAACCGGUCAGAGAGCCUCAGAAAGCAACAUGGGAGGAAAAGGACGAGAGAGAGCAGGAAGCACAGUGACCCAAACAUUCCCACCUCCAAGUCUGGCGAUGUGGACGCAGAGUCUGGCCUCAUCACGGCCAAUUCUGGUAGUUCGUCAAACUCAAGUCUUUCACCUAGCCUGGAGAGCCCAAGCACAUCCUUAGAACAUGUGCCUCGGACAGACGCCCCCUUACCUGCCCCAGUCCUCGAAAAUGACUCUGACAUUGAGGCUGAGGUAGAUCUUCCAAACUGGCAAAAACUAGUCUCUGAUGAGGAAAUUAAGAAGCUCAAGCCUAAGGACCGCAAGAGGCAAGACACAAUAAAUGAAUUGUUCCACACUGAACGGACACAUGUACGGGUCUUAAAAGUCUUAAAACACCUGUUUCAAGUGCCCAUGACAGAAGCAGGACUUUUACCUAGAGAUCAGUUGGAUAUCCUUUUCCCCAAUAUGGACCAAAUGUUGAAAAUCCACACUGCCUUCAACCAGGCCAUGAAGAAGAGGAGACUAGAAGAACCACUUGUAUCAAGAGUAGGGGAUCUUCUUAUAAAUAUGUUUGAUGGUGAACAAGGAGAUCAUUUCCAACAACAAGCUGCAGAGUUUGUCAGAACACAGUUUUUAGCAUUGGAUAAUCUUAAGCAGCGACAAAAAAGAGACCAGAGAUUAAGCAAUUUCCUUCAGGAGCAAGAAAAUAACCCAGCGUGUCGGAGACUACAACUCAAAGACAUGUUACCUGCAAUUUUUCAGAGGUUAUCAAAGUACCCCUUGUUCAUGGAGUCCUUACUAGCCUAUACUGACAGCAACUCACAAGCAGAAGAGUUUGAGCAAAUAUCUCGAGCACUAGAGAGAGCGCGAGAAAUUUUAGCAUUUGUCAAUACUGCAGUACAAGAAGCCGAAAACAGUCAGAGACUAAGUGAAAUACAACGGAAGCUCGACCAGUCAUCAUUAGCAAAGAACAAGCAUGGCCCCUCUGAUGAACUAAAAGGGAACCUGGACCUGACCAAACACAAGUUAAUAUAUGAGGGUCUCUUAACCUGGAGAAUUGCAAAAGGCCAGAAAAAUAUUGAUCUCCUGGUUUUGCUUCUGGAUGAAUUUAUUGUCCUUCUCCAAAAAGCUGAUGAUAAAUACAUCCUCAAGAAUCACUCCAUCAUCAAGUCCCUUGGCAAAGAUGAUAACAAACUAACUCACUCACCCAUUAUAAAGUAUGGACCCUCCAUGCUUUAUAGGGCAGUAGCCACAGACAAUUGCGCCUUCUUCAUAGUCACAACUCAGUCAGUAGGAGCUCAGAUUUAUGAGCUUGUUACCUCAUCCCCCACAGAGCGGAAAGUAUGGUUCCGUCAUAUUCAAGAAGCCCAAGAAGCUUAUACAGCCAGAGAUGGUCGCAACCGUCGAUCACAUCCCCAGACUCCUCUACAAGACCCUGACGACCAACCUUCAUCCACUACUGACCCCCUCAGAGAUGUGGAUGAUAAUGUGGAUGUUGAUGGUGGAGACCCAGCAGAUGGCACAAAUGAUAAUUCUGUUGACAGUAAAACCCAUCAAGGUGCCUCCAAAUCUGCAGAGCAGAUUUGUAAAUCUGAAGAGCCAUCCUCCACUCCCACAACAACUCCAGCAGCACAACCUCCAGCCUCACCAGACACUCUGACAAAGAAAACAGCAGAGGCGGGCGGGGCAAGCAGCAGCAGUAGCGGCCCAGGUGGCCCCUCCCCCUCGGCCGGCCGGAGCCCCGCCUCUGGCCGCCGUCUACAGGAGGUCCAGAUCAUCCAGAUCGUGGAGGGCCCGACGCUCAUCCAGCCUUCCGAGGUGAAGGUCUCUCAGGGAGUGGUCCUCUCUGCAGAGCCUGUCCUCACUCCCAUAGAGCAUCUACGUAGAAAAGACUUAAAAAUUCGUCAGGCAUUGGAGGAGAAACAACAUAUUAUUGCUGACAUCCUAAACAUUCCGCAUGAGCACUUUGAGAACGUGGUAGACAUGGCAGGAGAACCAACAGUGGGCAACAAAGAACCCAGAGAGUUGGUUUUGGCUGCUAUGUUCCAAGCCAAGUGUCUACAGGAGACACUGAAUGAGGCCCUUAACAUUAGUGAAGGAGACAUUGUGGCAGCAAGAGCCAACAAUGAUAGUGCUAACAAGGCUACUAGUUUACCCUUGUAUCAAGCACCAAUGACUAAACUUCUUACCAUCUCUACAGUAUUGACUCAGCAACUCUCUUCUUUACUAAAUCUGGUAUCCGAACGAGACGAUGAGCGAGAACGCAUGCGUAAAGAGCUAGUAGCCUCAAGGGAACGGAUACAUGAUCUUCAUAUGAGGCAAAACUCGGUAUCAAACCAGACGUCAUCAACCACCACCCCAAGUCAACCUACUUCUGCUACUACUCCUGUAGUAUUAGCAGGGGUAAUCCCUCCCACAGCCACCUCACCACACAGCUCUAGGCCAAGUUCCUUUGUUUCAGUAGCAUCUUCUGCUGCAGACCAUUCUGAUACACCUGAUCAUCAUGAUACAGAUGAAGAUGCUGGAAGUGAAGUGCCCAAACUGAACAGUUCACACCCUGAGGAGUGUGAAGAUUCCAAGGAAGAUUCUGUUCCAGAGACUUUUGAAGAUGCAGUGAGUGGAUCAGAACCAACUGAAACAAAAUCUGGAGAGGUGGAAGGUUCUACACAAGGCCAAGAGAGUAGUGAUGAUGGAAGAGGGUGUGAGAGCAGCACAGACACAAUCACCACCUGAGGGCUGUAUGGUGAUGGAUGCGGUGGAGUGCUUCCUUCUAGGUUGUUUUACUGAUAUCCUCUACUGCAUUGUUUGGGGAACAUAUUGGAGCUGUGUGCCUCUACUGAUGCCUUAUCUUUGUGGCUGUCGUGGGCACAAGAGAGGCAAGAAGGAGGCAGGUGGUGCCAGGAACCAUGGCUCACUGCUCCCCACUCUCCCAUCCUUGUGGAGAUCACUUGUCAGAACCACCACUAAACUGAGCAUCACGUGCGGGCUGGACUGCUUUGGUCAGGAACCUGAGCAUAGCAACACAAAAUAUAUUUCUUUUUUUAUGUGUAUGAUAUUGUAAAUGAAAAGAUGAUUAUUAAAUUUGAUAUAAUAAUUUACUACUGAUAUCAGAGAUGAUUGGCAGUAUGCAUGUGCAACAUAUGAACCUAAGCUGGCUGGACACAGCAUUUAGUGUGACCAAUCAGCAGAAAGUGUACAUAGAGUAUCGUGGAUGUGCGUUGUGACUCCUGAGGCCAGAAAACCUGAGACUGGUACAGGGGUCAUCAUAAAGUGUGUAAGGUAUAGUAUACAUCCUGGCUAUGUUUCCCAGUUCCAAGCUGAUCAUCAACUGGCAUAAGUUCCUGUGGCAUGUGGAACCCUCAUAAUAAGGUUGUAACCAACAAGAUUCCAAGUAGAAAUUGAACAUUGAUUUUGAGAAAUGAAAAUGUUGAAGUAAUUGUUUGGUUGUAAUUACCAUUAAUGUUGUCAGAUUUGUAAUAUGUAUGCAGUAGAACUCAUUUAUAUAUCCUCUUUUCUGCUACUGUUCCAUAGUUUUUUAACUCCUAUCAGUAACCACAUGCUACAGUUCCAAGUUGACCUAAGUAUGAAACUCCAUGGUAUAUAUCUCAGUCAGCUUUUUCAUCAAAUGUUUGUUGUAAUUUGUUCAAAUAUCAUAAACAAGUCACCUGGUGUCAAUUACGUUCCUAGUCCUUUGUGUUGCGGAAUGCUGCUGUCCUGCUGAGCGACUGUGGACCAACACCCGAAUUCUGAAGUCACUACCUUAGGAUAAAUAUACCUCUUUAUGUAGGACCUGUCACCACUCCAGUAAAUAUUUAGCCAAUCCAAGAGGAAGGAAUGGACCACUUGAAUACUGUAAAAAUCCCCAAAUAUUUCAGAAUUGGGUCCUUAAGCCAUCUACAUUACCAGAUGUUUACCUGAUAAUGUGCUGUCUGAGUGGAUGUUCAAGUUCAUUUUUCCAAGAAUGUCGAGUAUGUAUUAUAUAAAUAAUGAUGUUCAUUCUUGUCUCAAGAAAUUUAUUGUUUACAAACAUAAAUGUCAUGGAAGAUAUAGUCAAUGUUCCCUACUGUAACCCCAGAGCAGUAGAGACACCCAGAAGUGAGAUUAUGGUGACCCAAUCAAGUGGGUGGAGUCAAGUUUAGGUGGUGGUGGCGGAUGAUUCGUGUCACCCGUCUUUAAGGCAACCUCAGGUCAAAGGAGAGUGAUGCAUUCAUGACCCCAGUGUGACCUAGCCUGAUCUGGGGCUGACCUGGUGACUAGCAGUGUGUAGGGAUAGGGGACCAGUGAUGAUAGGUAUUUCUAUUUACAUGUUCCCACUCUGCCCUACUGGUUGUCAGGAGCUCGUCAUCCUGUCGCAAAAAGGGUGUUUGUUCUCUUGUUCAUUUGUAUGUACAUAUCUUUGGCACCCAAUAUUGUGGGUAUACAGUAAACACAUUACCACAAAAAGUGAUCAUUUGUAAAUUGUAAUAAUGUUAUUGUAUAACCAAUCAAGCAUAAUGUAUAGUGCAGCCUAAGUGCAUAAGUAAUAAAAUGACAUAAAAGAA